AUGGCGGAUGAUGACGGUGCAUUCGACGGCGACGAUGUUCCCGUGCUGGGCGAAGACCUGGAGGUGCUUCGCGAGCACGGAACCCCGCCGAUGUCCCCCGAGCGGGGCGGCAUUCCCGAGGCUGUCGAGUCCGCGGAAGGGGCGUUGUCACCCGCGCUGCAGCAGGGUCAGGAAAUGGGCGAGUUUGCGCGUCAGGGGCGGCAGGAGGAGGCGCUGUGGGAGGCGUUCCAGGACCUUUUCCUGACCUUGCAGGAGACCGGGGCGAGGGCAAAGGGUGCGCUGCACGCGCUCGCGCCCCACUGCCUCCGACCCUUCAUGCGGCUCACCCCAGAGGUGGUGCAAGAGCUCGAUGCGGUGCACGUCAGGCUCCUGCUUCCCACGCUCGAGGCUGUGCUCGUCGCUUUCCAACGCCAUCCUCACGCGCUGACGCAGCUCGUCGACGACGACGUCGAGACCGCCUACGGCGUUUUCGGAUGCGCGUCGUGCCUCUGCGUCUCCGCGCUGGAGCGAUCCGACGAGCUGGGUUUGGAUCGCGGGACGCGCGUGGGGCUCGUGGAGAUGCUUCGCGUGCUCGUCUCGCCGGCGUCCGACGCGUCCUCGAGGGGCAGCGCGCGCACCAUCUCCGCGGAGUGGGCCGAGGGCGCCGCGGAACGACUUCGCGAGACGCCCGUGCCGGAGCUGCCAGCUGUGGAUCUGGGAUGCUCCAUCCGGGCGCUGCGAAUGGACCAGCCCGCGCCGAGCAAAUCGGAGCUCAGCAUGUACACGCAGCUCAUGCGCGCUAACCUACAGGCCGCGAAGGAAGCCGACCGGUCCGCGAAGGACGCGCUCAUGUCCGAGGACGCCGGGCGCGUUCGCCAGUCCCCCCCGGCGUCGCCGGGGUCGAGCCGAGUUCGCAAAUCAGACGAAGACGCAAACGACGAGGACGACUCAGAUGCAGACGACGAGCACGACUCGGAGGAGGAACGCGAAGACGCGCUCGCGCGAUGCAGGGACGCGCUUCAGGACGGUGUCCCGGACGACAUGCGAACCGGCUCCAAGCGCGGCGGCUCCAAGCCGUCCACGCCGAAGAGAGCAUCCGUCGACCUCGAGGCUUCCAUGAAGAUGGAGUUGGGCCUGUUCACCGCGGGCCUGACCAGGGUCCGGACCAACCCGGGAAUACCGCUGCUGGACCCCCCGCCGGUGACAAAGGCCGAGGCGUUGGCUCGGGACGUGGCGAGUUACGCGGCGGAGUCGCUUCGAGUGCAGUCCAGGCUCAUGCGACUGUGCGUCCAGUGGGAGGAGCGAGCCGGGGAAGCCGCGUUGUCAGUCGCGGACUCGAGACUCGCGAAUGGUCGCGCCACCUCGGACGACGACGACGCCUCUAUCGAGGUGGACCACUCGGCGUUGACGAGGUCGGCGCUCGCGGCGCUGUGCGCGGCGGCCGGACCCAACCCGCUCGUCGCGGCCGCGGCGGUGCGAGACGCCGCCGCCGCCGCCGUCGCGCUCGGCGUCCAGCUGGCGAGGUACGCCACCGACGAUCCGAGAUCCGCCGCGUCCCUUGCCCGCGCCGCGGGGGAACACGCCCGCGCGCUGCGAACGUACGUCGGCGGCGCGCUGCGACGGCACCCGGCGGCGCUCGCGAACGUCCGCGCGUGCCUCGCCGCGGCGUUUCUGCGGUUGCCGCUCGCGCGAGUCCCGCCGUUGGUUCAGAUUUCUGGACAGCGCCCCGCGACAAACGCGUCCGCCUCCCGAACCGGGCCCGAGUGCCUGCUGGAUCACGAGGGCCAGCCGUGGGACCCGACGGGGCACGCCCUGGCGGCGUCUCCGCGGAUCCGCGACGCCGCGCCGUGGUGGCUCGCCGGCCUCGGCGUCGGUCUCGGCUUCCUCGAGGACGUCGUCGGCGCCGGGUCCGUCGAUCGCGACGGGGGUUCGUUUGGGCUCGGGGGCAUCGCGCUGCCCCCGGGGGCGCCGGCGGCGGUGGGCGCCGCCGCCGCGGGCGCCGCCGCGGACCUCGGUAAGCCCAGGAAACCCGAGGAUAUCGUCGCGGCCGUGCUCCCGCCCACCGCCGGCACCCUCGACGCGCUGAUCGGCGCGACCCUGGUCUCGCUGUCGCUGUCCGCGAUUUCUCCCGAGGGUGGAUUCUCCGAUCGCGGUUUCUCCGUGAAGGACGCCCGGCGGCUGGCCGCGAGACUGGCGACGCACGCGCUCGCCUCCCUCCGCGUGCACCGCGCGCCUCUGGCGGCCAGACACUGCGACGCGAUCGCCGCCGCACUGGCCAUGACGGACGACGCCCGCGCGGCGGACGGAUCCAUCGACGGGGGACGCGCCGCGGAGGCGGUCAAGUCUCUCGCCGACGCGGUCCUCGGGGAGUCGACGCCUCUCGGCCCCGCGCUGGCCAAGGCGCUGAUCCCGCGCGAGGCGCGAUGCGAGUUUGCGAUUAAGGUGAUCGUCCACGCGGCGGCGCCGCCCGCGGGUUUACUCGCCGUGGCGGCCGGGUGGGCGGUGGCUUCGCUCGACGAGGACGCCGCUUCCCGGCUGUGGGAGCGGGGGUUCGGAUCCGUCGCCGGCGCCGGGUGGAUAAACGACGGUUCCCCUUCCCCGGGGAUGCGAACGACGGUUCCCCUUCCAGGAAGGGGGGGAUGGUAUCGGGACGCCGCCGAGGGUAUCGGACCGACGGACGACGGUGCGGCGGGGGACCCGCGGGUGAAGCCGCGGCUGGAGCUGUGCCUACUCGCGUUUCACCGCAUGGGCCGGCGAAAGAGGAUGGCGGCGCUGGCCGACGCGCUCGAGACGGUCGCCGGUUCGAUCCCCGGCGGGGGCGCGACGUCUCGGGUGGCGAGGUCGCACGCGGCGUUUCUCUGCGCGCACUGCGUCCGAAACUUUCGCGAGACGCCGCGGUGGCUCGUGGCGCGAGUGCAGCGAACCAUGCGGGGGGAAGAUGACAAAAAACCAAGCGCAGCAAACGGCGCCGCCUUUGGGGGCGUCGACGCGCUCCUCGCGUCCCUCGGCGACGGCGCCGCCGCCGUUCACGAAAAUAAUUCCGGUAAAUCGCGACGCGGGAGAGGGAGGAAGGGAAUGAGGCUCGAGCUCGGCGCCGAGACGAUCGCGGCCGUCCGCGAGGCUGCCCUCGUCCUCGCCGAGGCGCCGGUUGACCCCGAGGACGAUUCGACCGUUCGACCAUCCGACCGGGGCCCGGGUCGGAGGGUCGGCGCGUACGCUAAACGGGCCGCGUGGGAGUUGCUCGUCGCGCUUCGAGACGAGGGAUUCGACGAGGGAACGGCGGGCGUGAAGGGCGAACCCGGGACGCUGGGGUUCCUGUGGAGCUGCUCGAGGGCCUGUCGCACCAUCCUCGACGAUUCAAACGACGAUUCUUCUUCUUCUUCUUCUUCGUCGUCGCGGAGGUCCGUCCCGCCGCAGCUCGUGGAGGCGAUGGUCGCGGUAUCCACGUCGCUCGCCAGGGGCGUCGGCGAGGACGAGGAGACGACGCGCGCGGCGAUGACGUGCGCCGCGGCUGACGCCGCCUGCCGCGCGGCGAGCCUCCGAGCGACCCGCUUGAUGACGUCGAAUAAUUUUGACUCCCCAGACGGCGAAAGAUCGGACGUCGUCGUGGCGCGACCCGAAGCCGCGGCAGUCGCGGCGGGUGUCGUGCCGGCGUGGGCGACCCUCGCGGCGCUGUGCGCGUCGCUGUCGCGGGCGACGCGGAGGUGGACGGACGCCGCGCUUAACGAAGCGCUCGCACCCGCCGAGACGCGAGCCGCGAUUUUGAUGCACGCCGCGGGUCUGCCGUGCGCCAAGACGAGCGUCGCGCUGAACCAGAUUCGUCCCGGUCUCGCCGCCGACGUGGCGACGGUGACCCGCGCGGACGGAAGCUGGGAGCUCCGCCGGCGCGAGGCGCUCUCACGCGGCGGCGCAGCCGGAGCUCUCACGCGGAAAAGUUUGGGGUUGAACCCCGCAGCCGAUUUGAACCUCCGGACAAAUCUCCAGACGCCGUCGGAUAAUACCGAUGCGUCCUCGAUCGAUCGAAACCCGCGUUCGGACGCCGUGUUGGACGACGACCCGUGUUCGGCGACGACGGCGUACCUCGCCGUCUCCGGAUCUCUCGACGACGCCUCCUCCGCGCUGCUCGCGUGCCAGCUGGCGCUGCACCAGGCGCUCGAAUCCGCCCGCGCCGCCGUCUACGCCGACGCGCUCGACUUGGAGCUCGGGAGGGACGCGGCGGCGGCGGCGGCGGCGGCGGCGCGCUUCGAGGCCAUCGCGAGCGACCCGGCGACGGAGUUUGUCUGGGACCUCGCGGGCGAGUGCGCCGCCGGGCUGGCGAGGUUCGCGGAUUCGAUCUCGAGCGGCGGUCGGUCGGGGACUCGCAACGCGUUCAAGUCCCCGCUUCCGGCGCUGCUCGCGGAGGCGCGCGGGGCCCAGGCGGAUCGCGCGCCGUGUCCCGCCGCCGCGCUCGAGAUGCUCCGCGGCGGCGACGCGGCGGUGGCGGUCAACGCGGUGGCGGACGCCGCCGCGGAAGCCGCGGGGGCGUUCGCGCGAAUGGGUCUCGGGGGCGCGGCUGGCGGCGGUGUGCGCGAGAGGUCCUGCGAGGUGGGUCGCGGGGCGGCGGAGUUGUUGAGGGCGGCGGCGGCGCUCUUGAACGGCGGCGGGGGCGGCGCGAGGCUGUCCCCGACGGCUACGUUCUCGCUCCUCUCCGCGCUUCGCAGGCUUUGCAAGCUGAGGUCCGCUCCCGGCGUCGCCGUCGAGGACGUGUCGCGGUGGACCGAGGCGGCGGCGCGCGAACCGACGUGGAUCGACGUCAACUCGUCGCACUCGAGCGCGCACUCUUCAACGCGGGGUGACGCGGAUUCGGACGCGCAUCCGGCGCGUUCGGCCACCGUCGCGGCUCGCGACUGGGUGUUGUGCACCCUGCUCACCCCGCCCGAGGAGCGAGAGGGUGGGGUGGGCGCGAUGGACAUUGACGGCGUCCGCGGCGAGGUUGCGCGGUGCGCGCGAGCUCUGUGCGACUGUCUCCUCGCCGCGUCCUCGCAGGUGCGCGCGGGCGCGACGUCCUUGCUUCAGGAUCUGUGUGACACACACCACGCGGGGCCCGGGGGCGGCGACGUCUCGGGUAAAACCGAGGGAAUCGCUGGAAUCGACGGCGCUCCGGUGGCGCUCCUGGGAGCCAUGCUCGCGCGUUUACCGCGGCUGUGCGCGUCGCAAGAGCCGAGCGACGCGAUGCGCGUGACCCACCUGCUGUUACGACUGGCGGUUGGCAGAGGCGAGGCUGGCGCGAGAGCCGCGGCGGUCGGGCUCGCGGCGGUGGUCGAGGCGGCGUCAUCGAACGCGUCGAACAGCUCCCAGACGGAGCUCAGGACGCUACACGCGCAGCUCAGGACCUUGGCCAAGCUGUGCGCCCCCCCGCCGCCCGUCCCGCCGCCCCCGCCGCCCGCCGGGGCUCCGAUGGCGGCCAUCGCCGAGCCCCCGCCCGCGGCGCCCCGGCUUCCCGUCCGGAGGCUCAGCCUCCCGUCCUCCCGUCCUCUCGAGGAUUCCGACGCCGGCGAGCUGGUGAGCACGUCGACGUCGAUCCCGCUCCGAGCCGGAGAGUCGAGGCUGGACGCGAUUCGAGCAGCCGCGGCGGCGCGACGCCUGGACGCGCUCGACACCGGAUACGUCGAAACCGAAACCGCGACGUCCGCAGAUGAGCGCGCGAGGCGGAUCACCGCGAGCCUCGUCGCCGACCUGGACCUCGCGCUGGCGAACGACGACGGGAUGGCGGCGUCGACAACCUCGGUCGUCGGCGGUUCGCGUUCGGCGACCAGUCACCGCCCGACCAGUCACCGCCCGCUCGACGAGUUGGUGGAGAUGGAAUUCGAGGAGGUGGCGCGGGCCGCGGCGGCGGCGGCGAGGAGCAGGAACGACGCGCUGGCCGCGGCGGUGGGUCUGGACCUCGACGACGACGACGACGACUCGGACCUCGACGACGAAUCGGAAUUCGCCGUGGUGGUGGCGGCGCAGCACCGCGCGGCUGCGGCUGCCGCGGCGACGUCCGCGGGUGAGCGGGGGCGAGCGCGGCUGGGGCGGUCGGGGCUGGGCGGCGGCGGCGGGAUCCACUCGACGCAGCAGCCGCCCGCGGCGGACCCGGACGUGUGCACGUUCGUCUCGUCCGGCAGCAGCUUCAUGGAGCAGCACUGGUACUUUUGCUACACGUGCGACCUGACCGUGAGCAAGGGUUGCUGCGGCGCGUGCGCCAAGGCGUGCCACGUCGGGCACAAGGUUGUGUACAGCAGGAGGAGCAGAUUCUUCUGCGACUGCGGCGCGGGGAGCGUGCCCGGGCACGAGUGCCAGUGCCUGAUGCCCUCGUCCGACCCGGCGUCGACUUCGAACUCGCGAUUCGGGAUGGAUCGCGCCGACGCCGGCAACCUCGAUACAGACCGCGGCGCCGACGCCGACAACCUCAAAGCCCCGGCCAAGUCCCGGGGAUACCGGCCAGUCACCGAAGACUCCGACAGCGAGGCGGACGACGACGACCCGAACUCGCAGGGUUUAGGGUUACUAGACAUCGAUGAGACCGACGACGAGGACGAGUCGGUGGCGCCGUUGACCUCCGAGCCCGGCGCGGCGAAAGCCGUGGCGGCGCUUCGAGACUCGCUGCUGGGCUCCGGACUCGCGGCUUCGCUGGUUGCGCUGUGCGAUCGUGUCGUCGAUCACCUGCGCGCGAAUCCGCCGUGGGAUCUCCCCGCGCGUCGUGGGAUGGAACAAUCCGUGGCGCUGCUGUCGCUCCCGCCGCCCUUCGAGCUCGCGCCCCCGCCUCCGCCGCCCAGGCUCUUGAUUCCGGAUCGAACGGCCAUCGCGGCGACGACGAGGCACGACUUGGUGCACCUUCGCAGGGGUUUCAAGGCUGGCUCGUUCGAGGUCAGGCCGCGGCCGGAGCACGCAGCGCCGAGGGAGCUUCUCCCGGCUAUCGUCAUGGGCACGCUCAGGCGAAGCGCGUUGAGCUGCGCGAGGGGCAGCGGCUUCCUCGCGGUGGCGGAGGGCGAUAAGGUUUGCGUCCUCGACGCGGGCGCGCUCGCGGGCGUGGGCGGCGCCGGUUCGAUCGUACCGGUUCCCGGCUCGGCGUCGUCCGCGUCAUCCUCCGAGCAGCGCGUCGGCAUCCGCCCCUUGUCCCGCAGCGGCGUCAAAUUCGAGGUUUCGCGCGUCCUCUUUAACCCCGCGGCGGACGAGUACCUCGCCGUGGCGGGCUACGCGCAGUGCCACGUGUUCACGCUGGGUCCCAAGGGAGAGGUUGUGGACAGGCUGUGCGUCGGUCCCGAGGAGUGGCCCCUCGACGGCAUGCACGGGGCGCUGCUGGACGUCGACUGGGUCCCGGGAAGGACGGGCGCGCUGUCCGUAACCGUCUCCGCGCACGUCGCGGUGUUUGACCUCGCUAAAUCGUCCGUCGCGCCCGUGCUCACGGUCAGUCUGCCGCCGAGAGAGGGAGGGGGCGACGGAGCCCCCGCGCGCAUCGCCGCGAGCGCGUUUGGGUUUAGGAAAGGUGUCGAAAACCGUCUGCUCGUCCUGUCGGAGGAUGGAGCCCUGUACUCGCACCCGGUUCGAGACGGGGACGAGGGCGACGCGACGAUCGACGAAUCACGCAGGCUUGUCCUGCCCGAGGUUUGCCGCGGGCGCGCCGGACUCAGCGUCCACUUCUCCCGGGCGCACGGGGUGGCGCUGGCGUCCUUCGACGGCGGCGCCACCGUCCUCGCCAGGCUUCAUCCGGAGACGGGAGCCGUCGCCGCGUCUUGCGUGGUGCACGAGUCCGACUCGGGGUCCACCAACCAGGGUCCAAACGGGGACCACCAACCAAACGACGAACCCGAGGCGUCCUCGCCCUUCGGCCCCGCGGGAUUCUCGCACUGGUCGGAGGCGUGCGCACCGCCGCCGCCCUCCCUGGCGGGAGCGGCGCCCGCGCCCGUCGAACCGCCGCCGCCGUUGUUUGUCGCCGCAUCCGCGAGACACGACGGCGCCGCGGUGGUCGUCUCCCUCGGCGGCGGUGCACCCGCCGCGCAGCCGUUACGAUCGAACCCGGACGCCGCCGCUCAGCCAACCGGGGCGGGCCAAACGAGGGGCGGCGCGGCGUCCUCUUCCGCGACGCUCGCGAGCGUCAUCGCCAAUCAGCCGUCGGUGCUGGGCCACGCGGGGUACCAACCGAUCGAUCUCGACGUGGCGUUUCUCUUCGCCCUGAGGGACGAUGGAUCGCUGCAGGUGUUCGCUCAGGAACCCCCGCCGCCGCCCGGCAUCGCCGCCGCCGACGUGCAGCAGAAGCAGCUCGCGAGAGCCGCGGCGAACGCGUCGGCUCGGGAGGCGAUCGCCGCGCGACUUCGCGGGGCUCAAGGCGUCGGCGAUGACAUCGGAAACGACGAAAACGACGAAAACGCCGACGAAUCAAAGGGCGCCGCGGCCGCGUUCCCGCUCGACUUUUUCGAGCGAACCACGUGCGUGACCGGCGAGGUCACCUUUGGCGGCGACCUCGCCCGGCGGACCUCGUCCGAUUCGCUGCGAUUCGCGCUGCAAUCGGAGGAUUCCCACGUGGAGGCGCCGGCGCCUGGCGCGUGCAAGGUGACGGUGUCCCUCGCCAAGGCGGGACACGUCAUCGUCGGCCUUCGCGUCCACCUCGGCAACAGCGGGUCCACGCAGACCCCGACGGAGAUGAUCAUCGGACCGGCGCCGAUUCCCGCGCCGAUUCCCGCUCCCGCGCCGGCACCGCCGCCCGGAGUCGCGCCGCCGCGACCGCCGCGAUCGUCGAACACGACGACCGUUACGACGACCGUUACAACGACGGACGGGAGGCGUAAGUUCCCCUUCGAAAUCGGCGCGAGACGCUGGUACGACGUGCCAUUGACCAGGACCGAGUCGGUCGCCGCGGAGCGCAACCUCGUCGUCUACCUCGGCGCAGCCGCCUCGCCCGGAACGUGCGUCAGGGUCGACCACAUCGAGGUGUAUUCGAUGCCAAAAUCCGAAUUCGGCUGGGAGGCGGCGUGCGACGAGGCGGCGCAGGCUGCGGCGUCGGCCGCCCUGGUCGAAGCCGAGGCGGCGGCCGCCGACGGAGGAUUGGAUCCGUGGGAGGGCGAGGCCACUGCCGCGGGGAGAUCGGACCGCGCGGCGAGGCACGCGGCUCGAUACCGCGGCGCGGCGGAUGAGAUUCGUCAAAAUCCGUCAAAAUCCAACGGAAGAAACGCCUCUGGAAACGCCCGGAGAGCCCCCGUUGUAGAUUUGCUCUCCGACGAGGAACGCGUGCUGUGCACGUCGCUCGGCUUGCUCGAGAAGAGCGCGCGGCGCGCCGACGCGGCGGCGGCGGCGGCGGCGGCGAGACUCAGCCUUCGCGUCCUUGUCCCAGCGACGCUUCUCGAGGCGUCGUCGGACACACGGGUCGGACACACGGGUCGGACACACGGGUCGGUCUAUGACGGGGGCGGGGACGGGGACGGGGAGGACGCGGGGCGAUCGAAGGCGGCGGCGGCGACGUGGAUCCCGUCGACGACGACCCGUCGGCUCGCGUGGCGCGUCCUCCAAGCCUCCGUCGCGACGGGAAAGUCCCUCCCAACGAACCCGUCCUCCCCGGAGAACCAAUCCUCCUCCCGCGACAACGACUCUUGCUCCUCCGAUGACUCAUCCUCCGAGGUUGUCCGCGCGGCCGAGAUCAAGGACGAGGCUGUCCUCGCCGCCGCGUCCGCCGCCGCGUCGUCGCUCGCGUCGAUGGACCCGACCCGCGGGCCCGGUCCCGCCGACGCCGCCGCGUUCCACGCCGCCGCUCGAGCGGCGGCGAGAUGCGCUUCGAGGCGGCCGGGCGCCUUCGCCGCUUCGGUGCAUUCGCUCUCUUUGACGGCUUCGCUGGUCGCCGCGCACGACGCGAUGAUCGAGGCUGGCGCGGGGGCUUGGGACCCGGAGGAGACGGCUCCAGCGCUCGCGCACCUCGUCGCGGCGACGACCGCGCGCGAUGUUGAUAUCGAAGAAGGUUCGGAUUUGGGCGAAGAAGGAAGCGCCGCGAAGAAGGAUGGAGCCACCGCGGCGCUGAGGGCGGCGUCGGCGAUGUUGCUGUCGGGGAGGGAGGACUGUCGGUACGCUGCGGCGAACGCGCUCGCGGAUGCGCUCAUCGCGCCGGCGGCGAGCUACCCCGCGGCUGACUACGCCAGAUGCCUCCUCCCGGCGGCGACGGCCGAGUCGUCUUCGAGAAUCUGGUGCGAAUCCGUCAACCGCGGGUCCCGGGUGGGCGGUUCCCUCGGGAGAGCCGCGGCGCCGAAGGACGAGGGACCGCCGCCGACACACAUAAGGCCGGCGCCUCCCGGCACGGAGCUCACCCAGUUCUCCUGCGAUCGGUGCGAUAAAUCCCCGGUGCUCGGCGUCCGGUGGCACUGCACGAGGUGCCCGGAUUUCGACCUCUGCGACGAGUGCCACCGCGAGUCCAGGUCCGGCGGCGGCGCCACCGGCGCGCUCUACCCGUCGCUUCACUCGGCGUCCCAUCCGAUGAUUUGCUACCGGGUCGGACCGAGACGGGGUGCGGCAGGCGUGCUCGGGUCCGCAUCAACUCAGGGUUCCGGCGCCGACGAAGCCGAGCUCGCGGCUGGUUUCGACGAUUUCGGCUUUCGUUUGGCGUCGCCGACACAACCGCCGUCGGAGGGGAAGCUUCGCCUCGCCGCCGCGCUCGCCGCCGCGCUCGCCGCCACGACCGACGACAACCUCGGACGAGAUCGCGGCGCGGCGGAGCUUUCGCCGUACUUUGUGCUCCUCCGCAGGCUCGUCGCCGUGCCCGAAUACGCGGCGGCCGUCGCGCCGGCGAUCGUGGCGGCGGCGGGAGCCGCCGCCUCUUCUUUCGCCGCGGCCGCUUCACUCGAGAACGGAACGGCGGUUUCCACCCCCGACCACGCGCGGGAAAAGGAAAAGGAAAAGGAAAAGUUUUUGCUGCGGCUCUCGCUGCUCUCCGCGGUGCUCGCCGCCAAGGCGCGCGCGCCCGCGGGGUCACCCGCCCAGGACAUCGAACCGCCGAAUAAUCUGUUCGCGAAUAAUCUGCGAAUAAUCGUGGCCGAGGCGCUGUCGUCGUCGUCGUCGUAUGAAUCGUCGCCGUCGUACGUCGAGGAGCCCGUGGUUGCCGUCGGCGGCAACGGGAAGACAGUCUCGAUUCGUUGGGGCGACCCGCGCGCGUCGGAUCGCGACUUCGCCUCGGAGCUCGUUCGUGAGCGGGACAUCGCGGACGCGGCGGAUGAGCCGGGCGUCGCGGGCUGCGGCGCGCUCUUACGCCCGGAUCCGGCUUUCGGCCCCGUGCGUUUCGCGUCGGAAUCGAGGCUGGACCUUGACGCCAAGCUCCUCGAGGCGUGCGUGGCCGUGACGCAUCAACUCGUCCGAGACCCGGAGGCGUCGCACGCGUUCGCCUCGGUUUCGUCGUCCGCCAAGCCGUCGAGGAGGCUCGGGGUGUCCGCGCGCGUCCCGCCGCCGACGACUGUUCACGCGAACGACGGUCGGGGCGGGCCCAAGACGUCGCCCAUGGUCACCCUGGACGCUGACUCGUCCAGGUCUUGGACGACGGUACUGGCCGCCUUGCUCGCCGACCCGUCGGGGCCGAAAUCCGCCGGGAUCCGUCGCCACGCCAGGAAACUUUUACGCCUCGUCGCCAAGUCGAGGGACGCGUAUCACGCCGUCAGGGACGCCGCCGCGCUGGAAACCCACGCGCGAGGGUUUGACACCGCCGCGCUCCCGCGGCCCGGACCCCGGCUCGCGGAGCGUUCGCCGCACGCCGCCAUGCUAUUUUCGAUGUCGCAGCUGUCGUCGUGCGCGGACAUCGCCGGCGCGAGGCCGAAAUCGUGGCGGAGCUUUGUCGCGUCGAGGCCCGAAUUUUUGCGUACAAUCGCGCGGUUCGCGCCGUGGGUUCCCGAUCGCUCGCAGCUGGACGCGCUCAAGCUGCUGACGCACGCCAUGUGUGGGUCCCCGGAGCUGAGAGCGCCGGGCGCGACCCUCGGGCUCGGGUCCGGCGGCAGGCUGAGGGUGAUUCGUCCCGACGAGCCGCCGCAUUCGACUUUGACUUCAUCCGGGGAGUCGCACGCAAAAGGGGAUUCCGCCGCGGACGAAGCCGCGCUCGAAAUCAUCGCCGGCGACUUCGACGAAAAAAACGGCUUUUCGCUCUUCUCUUUCGUGACGUCGCACCCGAGCGCGUCCGUGCGUUCCGCGGCGGCGGCGGCGCUGAGGGCCGCGUGGCGAACCGCGCCGCCCGACUCGCGUCACAGGGCGUCAAUCGCCGGAUCGAUAUUUUCAUCGCUCCCCGCGCUUGCACGCGUGGGGAGAGACGCCGCCGACGCCGUCGCCCUCGCGGGUUGGAUACUUUCCCCCGACGGGGGCGGUGUCGAGGACGCGUGCAAAUCGCUCACGCCGAGUCGGAUCGCCGCGUUCGUGCGCGAGCUCAACGUAACGCUCGUAACGCUCGCGUCGCAUCCCAACGCGCGCGUGUACCGGCGCCUGCGCGACUACGUCGACGAGGAGGGCGACGGGUACUUUUUGGACUCGGUACCGGAGCCCGUCUCCGCGCUCGCGGCGGCGGCGGCGGAUGACGACCUCUCUAUCGGUCCGUCCACGGUGGCGGCUUCUUCCACGACAUUGGCGGCUUCUUCCACGCACGUGGCGGCUUCUCCGACGACAGACCUUUUCCGGAGGCAAAAGCUGGACGCGGGACGCGCCGAGCUCUGCUACACCGAGCGCGCCGUCGUCGCCAAGCUGCACACUCGGUCCUCCGUGAAGACGAUUUUCGUCGGGUUGCACAACCCGAGCCGAUCGAGGCAGGUUCGCAGGCUGGCCGUCUACCGCGCCACCGCGCCGGUGCCCGUGUCCAGGCUUCGCGUCGAUAGAUCCACGUGGCAGCGCGUGGCGUCCGUUGAGCUCGCGCCCGGCGCCACGGAGGCGGCGGUGGAGCUGCCUUCGCCGCUGACGUUUUCCGCGUGCGUCGUGGAGUUUAUCGGAUUCCACGCAAACCUUCACGCGAAAUCGCAGGAGAUGCUGCAGUGCCCGAGGUGCUCCCGACCGGUGACGGACCGGCACGGCGUGUGCGAUCACUGCAGGGAGAACGCGCAUCAGUGCAGGCACUGCAGGAACAUAAACUACGAGCACCUCGACGCCUUCAUAUGCAACGAGUGCGGUCACUCCAGGCACGCCAGGGUGGAAAUCUCCAUCGCGGCCAAACCGGCGGGGUCCUACCCGCGGGUCCUGACGGAGGAGGACGCCGCCCGCGCGGUUUCGGACCUCGAGACCGAGAGCGCCUCCGCGGCUCGCGCGAGGGCCACCGUGAACUCGCUCAGGAACCAGCUCAGAAAGAUGCUCGAGUCGGCGCCGGGCGAGGACGGGGAUGAAUCGGCUGCGGCCGAAUCCGUCAGUAGGUCGCCCCCGCGGCGCAGAGGCGACGACGCAGGAGCCACAGCUGGAGUCUUCAAGGUUGGCAGACGCGCGAGCGAAAUCGUGGCGAUGUACGGCGAAAGGUGUGCGGCGGCACACGCGCAGGCGGCGGCGGCGGAGCGGCGCAGGCGCGGCGUUCAGUCCGCCCUCGCCGAACGCGCGACGGACUCGUCAUCAGACGGAACCAAAUCCGCACGAAUGCAUUCCGAGGAACCCGGAGACGGAGACGAAAACCUCGCACUCGCCGCCGCCGUCAACUACGGCUGCGCGGCGGCUUUCGUCGCGCUCGCCCUGCCCCUGUGCGCGUCCAUCGCCAAUCUAGACCCCGUUCGCGACGACCUCGUGGCAUCGGCUGAGUCGAGCGGGUUGGCGAUUUCGCUGGCGCGUCACCACUCGGAGCUCGGCGCGUCCCCGAAGGCUCGCGGCGACGCGCGGGAGCUUCUCCUGGCGCUCGCUCGGAACGACCGGUCUCUAACGGAGGACGCGUGCGAGGUCAUCGAGACGCGCACGAGUGCGCUGUUUGGAUCGGGUUUAGGGGCGGGUUUAGGCACCGAGGCGCUGGAGGCUCUCGCGGAUGACUGCCGGCUGCUCGCGGGUCUCGCGCGCUCGGCGCACGACGACGACGACGAUGACGACGACGAUGAUUACGGGGGGUAUUACGAUGAGCUACCUCCGGGGUCAGCGGCGCUUCCGCCCACUCCCGCAUCGGAGCACGGCUUCGGCGACGACGCAGACGAGGAGGAGGAGGAGGAAGAGGAGGAGGAGGAGGAGGCUCGACCGUUUUUCCGCGACGACGAGUCCGCGGUCAUCGACGUGGGCACGCUCCUUCGGGACGACCUCGCGCGUCUCGCGGGACUCGACGUCGACCCCGACGCGUCAACCCCACCGACCGCGCCUUCCUCGAACGCGCCACCCUCGGGCCUGCCUCCCCUUCCGCCGGGCGGAGUCGCGACUUCGCGGCGGCUUCCCUCGACGUCUUCGCGAAAACCGCCGCGACGGACGACUUCACAAAAACCGACUCGAGAGACGCUUCCUUCCUCGCCCCGAACGCCCGUUCGACUCCUCGUGGAGCUGGCGCACCGGGCGGCGAGCGCGGGUCUCGCGCGGGACGCCGGCUCGUGCGAGCGCGUGAUUCUCCCCGCGCUACGUCUCCUUCGCGGCGUCGCCGCGUUACCCUCCGUGUGCCGCGGACGACGUUCUCGCGCGGCGCUGGCGAUGAACUAUAUAGGGGUCGAGAUGCGUCCAUCGAUGAGUGAGCCGUCCGUCGCGGCGAGGGCGAUCGCGAUCCGCGUCGCUCGCGCCUGGCGCCGUAAAUGCCGCGGUCGGCGCGACGCCCUCGCCGGCUUUGGCUCGGAGGUGCUCCUCGGCGCCGACGACGGUGUUCACGAGAGAGAGAAUUCGCGACGCGAGUUCGAGGGGGAACCGACGACGUUCGCGAGUGCCACGUCGGUCAAGCUCGCGACGACGAUGACGACGACGACGACGACGACGACUCGCUAUCGUCUGACGUGUAACGACGACGACGAGAACCUCUCCGCGGUUCGAGGCGCGGGCGCGUGGGCGGUCCGGAUGCUCCUCGCCACCGGGUCCGCGGAGGUUCGAUCGGAGGCGUCCGCGCUCGUUCGAAACAUCGCCGCCGACGGCGAGCGCGCGCGACUCGCGGUCCUGUCCCUCCUCGCCGACGCGUUGCCGGACGCGUGCGACUGCGCCAACUCGGCGGAGGCGGGAGCCGGGGACGGCGCGGCGACGUGCGACGAGUACUUUGACACGUUCGCGUCCGUGAUGGAUGGCGGCGACGAGGACGCCGCCGUCAGCGCCCGGGGGUACCUCAGGUCGUGUGGGGCGUUGGACGCCGUCGUUCGCGAGAUGGCCAAGGAGAGCGCGAGGCUCGGGCACGCGGAGGCGGCGGCGUUUCCGACGCCGGACCGCCCUCGGGCAAUCAUCGCCCAAUCAUCCGCCCUCGGCCAAUCAUCCGACUCGGGCGCGUUGGCUGGACGACUCGCCGAGGUACUCGCCAGGCUCGUCGCCGACGUCGCGACGCCAAUCGACGUGACGACGGCCGCCACGAAACGGCUGGCGAAACGGCUGGCGUCGACGCCCGGGGCGAUCGCGACGGCGACGCGGUGCGUGCUGGCGCUUCGGUCGCUCGUCGGCGCGAGAACCGCGGAGGCGACGGCGGCGGAACGGACGCUCUCGGCGCUGGUUCUCGCCGCGGUGGAGGCGUCGGCGGAGGCGAGGAGGAUCGCGAUCGCCGCCGCCGUCGCCGAGGCUCGUCGAACGGGACCGGCGCCUCUGGACCCGCCUCAAGUGGGUGAACCCGUUAACGCCGACGUCGACGACCCGGGUAACGAGAGGGGUUUGGAAAAAGAGGGUUCCGUUGUCGAGUUUUCGUCGCCGCCCCCCGCGCCGGCGGGACACGUGCUGUCGUGGCUCGCGCGUCUCAUUCUGCCCGACGAUUCGUCCGAGGACGCGUCCUACUCGCUUCGGCUGGUCAAGUCCGCCACGCAGGAGGAGUUCAUACGGGGACAGAUGACCAAAAACCCGUACGACUCGGCGGAGCACUCGCUGCACUCGAUGCGCGACGUUAAAAAUUUCGUGUGCGUGUCGCUGGACAUGCACGGGUUGUGCGACGACGACUUUGGCAUGGAGCUCUUGGUCGCCGGGAAGAUCGUGAGCCUGGACCUUCCCGUCGCGGACGUCUUCGAGCACGUGUGGAGGCGAGCCGUGGAAUCCGGCUCCGACGGCGGCGACGACAGAGUCGGCGGCGCGGGCAAUCCGAGGACGAGGAUCCGCGGCAGACACCGCCUCGUGGACGACGACGACGACGACGACGACGACGACGACGACGACUACUACGCGGGCGAGCGGGACCCCCGAGUCGUCGCUGCUCGUCCUCCGGCGACGAUCCCGCCCAUGGUGGUCACCUACAGGCUGCAGGGCCUGGACGGGGAGGCGACGGAGGAGAUGGUAUCCGAGAUUGACGGCGCGGGCGCCGAGGCUGACGAGGACCCGGAGGUGACCUACGCCGUCUGCGCCGAGCUUCGCGAACGCCGGGGGUUGGAGGCGUUGCUCUCGCUGGUGCCGGUGCUUUCGGGCGAAUCCGGUGCCGGAUCUUUCGCGGCGAGCCCGGCGACAUCUCCGAGCGAGACGGCUGGCGUCCUCAUGCGACUGCUUCGAGCCGCGGCGGAGCUUAAGCUGAACCGUCGCGCCAUGCUUCGCGCGCGGGCGCUCCCUGCUCUCCUGGCCGAAGCGGGGAGGCUGUUCGGCUGCGGCGACGACGCGCCAGCCGCGAAGGAAACCGGAAACGAGCUGCUCCUGCUGGUGGAGCGGCUGCUGACGGAGGAGACGAUCAUGGCGGAGGAGAAGGAGUCGGAGGCGGCGGAGGAGAAGGAGUCGGAGGCGGCGGAGAAGGAGGACGGCGUUGUCCUCGGGGGCGGGUCGACGUCGACGUCGCUUCCCCCCGGCGGUCUCACGCGGUCGUUUUCGCGCGGCGCGCUCGGCAACUCGGGUAAGCAGCCGUCCCUCGCCGGGUUGUCCCGGGGUUCAGGGUUUAGUCUAAACCCUGACCCUACUAAACCCAGCGGCGCUCCCUCCGCCGACGCCGACGUCGCGAGGCAGGUGGAGGUCUUCCUCGGGAAGCUCGCCGAGCUCACCAAGGGCGCCGGCGGGGCAGGAACCAGACCCGGGGGCACGAACGACGGCGCCGCCGCCGCCACCCUCGCCAGGGUCCUCCCGAGGCUCGCGGUCACCGACCCGAACGCGGUCGAGGCGCUCGCGAAACACGUGGCGACGUCCUGCGGCAGGCUCAAGGACCUCGACGGCCUCGCGUCGGGGUUACCCGGCGCGGAGACGCUCGGGUUGGAGCUCAGGUGCUGCGCGUUGGUCGUGGAAGGUAUCCCGCGCGACGCGUCGGGCGCGAGGCUAAAGUCAAAGGCGCUCGCGAUGGGAGCGCUGCGAUCGGUGACGGGGUACCUGCUCGACGUCGCGUUCUCGGCGCCCGGCGCGAGGGACCUGGACAGGGGAAGCCCCGGGUGGAGCGACGCGUGCGCGCGCGCGGCGCUUCCCCACGCGCUCGCCACGCUCGGCGGGCUCAUCCGGUCGCACCCCGAGGGGGCGGUCGUCGCCGCGGCGGCGACGUCAACCUUCGAACGCGUACCGGAAGCGACUCCGGAUGUAACUCCAGAAGCCGAAGCUCCUCCGCGCCGCACGCUGCUACGUCUGCUGCACGCCCUCGAGCCGGUGACGGAACGCGGCGUGGGAACGCUCGCGGAGAACGCGCUGGAGUGCGUCGAGGAGAUCGACGCCGCCGCCGCCGAAGCAAUCGCCGAGCUUCGCCGCGCGACCAAGGCGAGUAACGCGCAAAAGGCGAUGGAACGACGCGAGAAGAUGCUGCGGGAGAUGGGUCUGACGCGUCUAUCCCCGGCGUCGCCGUCGUUGGGGAACCCGACGCAUGCACAGUUGGCUUCGCCCACCGGCUCGCUCGGGGCGACAUCCCCCCAAAGCUUCGAUCACCCCCACGGGAGCUACGCCACCCCCACGGGCUCGCCGCUCGGCUCUGGCGCUCGAGACUUGCUCGCUUCGGCGAUGUCGCCGAGCAGCAUGCUCGGCAUCGAGGACAUCUCCGACGACGAGGAGGACGAACGCACCGGGGGGCUCGUGUGCCGCGUGUGCAGGGAGGGGUACAGGUCUCGGCCGCGGGAGCUCAUGGGCGUGUACUGCUUUGUCAAGCGCGUGGAAUCGGCGCCGUGCGCCUCGACGUCGGGCGUUCGACAUAGAGGAACCGUUUCAGGAACCGUUUCGAGCUCAACCGUCGCGGGGUACGCGACGGUGUCGCACUUCAACGCGAUUCACUUCGCGUGCCACGCGUCGGCGCGACGGGCGGACAUCGCGCUGCGCACGCCCAAGCGCGAGUGGGAAGGCGCGGCGCUGCGAAACAGCGAGACGCUGUGCAACAACUUACUGCCGGUGCUCGGAGGCGGCGGGGUGAGGGACUCGAGCUACCGCCGAGCGGUUGAGGGUUGGUGGGAGAACGUCGCGCAGGUGGGGCGGCAGGAACCGGCGGCCGCCAGGCUCCGGCUGGCGCUCGCCGACGUCGCCAUGCUCCUCGGGAGAUUCGCGAUCGGCGCCGCAGCCGCCAGCUUCAGCGCGGAUUGCCACGGCGGCGGCCGCGAGAGCAACAUGCGGGUGGUGCCGCACUUGCUGCGGCUCGCCGCGCACGAGCUCGCGCCCAAUUUGGUUGGGACCGGCGGUGUGACCGACGAUGCAUACGACGACGAAUUAGACGAGUUCGGGGAGGGUAUCGACGACGUGAACGACGGCGUGACGGGGGGAACGAACGACGGACGCCGACGCCGGGCACGCGCCGCGAACGCCGCCGGUGCAUCCGUCGCGACGCUGAACCUUCGCAACGCCGAAGCGGCGAGAAUUUCUUUGGAGGCUUUGAGUCGGGGCGACGUCGUCGCCGCCGCCGGCUCCGUCGCGUACCCCACGGCGCUGGCGCUGUCGACGCUCGUGACGACGCGGGAGGAAUGGUUGGGGGGGCUCCGGCGCGACGCGCUGCGCGCCGCGGCGGCGCACGCGAGGAGGGAGGGGAGCGCGUGCAUCGACGGCGCGUGUUCAUCCACGGGUUUGUCCACGUCAGCGUCCAGGUCAGCAUCCACGUCAGCUUUCACGAUCGCCAAGCCGCUCCUGAUUUACGUCGGGCUGGUGGACAGGUUGCAGCUCGCGCUGAAACCCGCCGGGGGUGCCCGCGGCGGGGCGAGCGCUCGACCGCCGCCGUCGGCGCCCGUGCCCGUGGGCGGCGGCGGCGGCGGCGGCGGAGGAGGAGGAGGAGGAGGAGGAGGAGGAGGAGGAGCGCAGAGGUCGCUCGCUUACCUCGCCGCCGACGCCGCCGCCGGGGUCGCGGAGAGGCGAGGGGACCACCCUGUAGUGCGGGGAUCAGCCGCGGAGACAGACUCCGAGGCGACAGCCGUGGACGUCCUCUUGGACGUCCGCGAGAGGUUGCGAGACGCAUCCGCCGCGUACGAAUUCGCGGUGGACGCGCUGGAGUGGCUCGAGGAUGUCGAGUCGGCGGAGGACGCGACGGAGCUCUUCGACGCGAUGGGGGUGCUCGGGGACGCGCUCGACGGUGCACCCACGGCCGACGCCUUCCUGGACGAGGCGUUCGCGCUCUGA